UUAUUUUUGAUCUAGUCAACAACUUCCUCAUUAUAGACUUUUAUUUUUUGUGUAAAUAUAUCUUUUCUUAUGUUUUAUAUUUGUUUUGAAAACGACCGUUAGUGACCGAAAAAUGGCGAGGCGUUUCCUCUGCUCCGCAGGAGAAGAGAUACGGUUAAAGUUUCGAGAAGCCUCUUUCGACCUGCUCACAGAUUUCCUCGUUAAUCUCAACAAAAGAAACAAAGAAAACCUCAACAGUUUGUCAAAAUGCAGCGGAGACUUCAAGAAUAAAAGACUAAUGGAAUGCAUCUUCCUGAUCACUAAAGAACUGAACCUCGAUCCACUGGCUGGAUACCACGCCAUUGAAUUACUUCAAAGGUUCAUGGUCCAGCACCUUACAGAAUUAUUCACUACACCCACACCUCAGGGUGCAGCUGCUAAUCAACCCGGAAGUUAUGAGGAUGCUGUGUUUGACAAGCUCAAGGAGAAAUUCCCCCUCAUCGUCUUCUCCUGCGUGCAACUAGCAAGCAAAAUGUCUUUGCACAGUCAUAUAAUUGACAACAACACUGCGGUGCACUUCCUACAUUCAGUCGGCCACAGUGUUUCCAAGCAGACUGUCCUGGAAUCAGAGCUCAUGGUCUUAAAAGGGCUUGAAUUCAGACUAAAUGCUCCAAACCCACUGAUGUUUGUGGAAAUCCUCCUGGAGGUGCUUGCACACAACGAGCCGUCCAGCCCGGUGGAGCGGCUCUACAAGCUGAGCCACCACGUCCUGCAGUUCGUCAGCCUCCAGAGGACGGCCGUCUUCCACUCACUGCUAGUGACGACCACUCAGUGUGUCAGCCCGCCCAGAGAACAGAGAGAGAAGUUUGUGACAGUGACUGAAGACUGCAUGCUGCUUGGUGUUGGUGUCAUCUCCGUGGCUGCUUUCAUCCUCUCCUUCAGAAAGUGGGAACAGGUGGUGGGAGAACUGAGUCACAUCACAGGAAUCUCAACGAGGAGCAUCAGCAAUUUCACUCACGUGACAUUGAUGCACAUUGUAAGAACCAGUUCCCCUUUAACAUCAACUUAAGUCUAGAUAACACUGAAUCCUGAAUUAUACCUUUCUGUUUAUGGUUACUUUCAUUUUCUAGCUGUAGACGUUGGUGCAGAACUACUUCUUUAGUGAGAUUAAUGGAUUAAAACAAAUCUGUUAACUGAAGUACCUCAUGUAACUAAAUCGUGCUUAUUAUAGAGUUUAUUAUAGGAAUGAACACUUAAUGCUGAAUCAAAAUAAAUAUUGUAUCGAACAAAUAA